UCGACGAGAUUGCACGAAAUGGUGAAGAGCCUGUGAGAGUAGAGUAGAGUCACUCUAGUAUAUGCGAAAUGGGAUUAUAUUCUUCUUCUCGUGCAAUUCUACUACUUUACUUUUGCACAUUGUUGUUCAGAGCACACGGAUCUCGUAAGCUUUACAUAGCAUAUCUCGGUGAUGUAAAACACAGCCACCCCGACGAUGUCAUCGCUUCACACCAUGAUAUGCUCACCACUGUUCUUGGAAGCAAGGAAGAUUCUUUGGCCUCUAUCAUCCACAACUACAAGCAUGGUUUCUCAGGCUUCGCCGUGAUGCUUACUGAAGAUCAAGCAAAGCAACUUGCAGAAUUUCCGGAAGUCCUUAGUGUGGAACCAAGCAAAACGUAUACGACGGCGACCACUCGGAGCUGGGACAUGCUUGGACUGAACUACAGAAUGCCCACUGAACUGCUCCAGCGAACCAACUACGGCGAGGAGAUAAUCAUUGGCAUUGUUGACACUGGUAUAUGGCCGGAGUCGAGAAGCUUCAGCGACGAAGGUUACGGGCCGGUGCCGGCACGGUGGAAAGGCGUGUGCCAGGUCGGCGAAGGAUGGGGCAGCAACAACUGCAGCCGCAAGAUCAUCGGCGCGCGGUUCUACCACGCCGGGGUGGACGAGGACGACCUCAAGAUCGACUACCUCUCGCCCCGCGACGCGAACGGCCAUGGCACGCACACGGCGUCCACCGCGGCGGGCUCCGUCGUGGAGGCGGUCAGCUUCCACGGCCUGGGCGAGGGCGCCGCCCGCGGCGGCGCGCCCAGGGCUCGCAUCGCCGUGUACAAGUCCAUGUGGGGCAGCGGCAGCGGCGCGGGGUCCGGGAGCACCGCCACCGUGCUGGCCGCCAUCGACGACGCGAUCCACGACGGCGUGGACGUGCUGUCGCUCUCCCUGGGGACCCUGGAGAACUCCUUCGGCGCGCAGCACGCCGUCCAGAAGGGGAUCACCGUGGUUUACGCCGCCAUGAACCUUGGGCCUGCGCCUCAGGUGGUUCAGAACACUGCCCCUUGGGUCAUCACCGUCGCGGCGAGCAAGAUCGAUCGGUCCUUCCCGACGGUGAUCACGUUGGGUGACAAGCGACAGAUAGUGGGACAAUCUCUCUACUCUCAAGGGAAGAACUCAUCGCUCAGCGGUUUCAGACGCCUUGUCGUUGGAGUUGGAGGCAGGUGCACAGAGGAUGCUCUGAAUGGCACGGAUGUCAAAGGAAGCAUUGUGCUGUGCGCAUCUUUUACUCUCAACAAACCAUCUAUCCUUUUCCAAGAAGCUCUAGGAAACGUCGUGAAAGGCGGAGGGGUGGGCAUGAUUUUCGUUCAGUAUACGUGGGAUAUUGUAAGUUCGACAGCCAGAUGCAACGGUAUUGCGUGUGUUAUUGUGGACUAUUACACAGUGAAACAGAUCGGAAAAUACAUACUCAGUGCAAGUUCACCCAUUGUGAAGAUCGAUCCAGCACGCACCGUAACGGGGAAUGAGAUAAUGGCACCAAAAGUGGCAGAUUUCUCUUCAAGAGGCCCUUCAACUGAUUACCCUGAAAUUAUCAAGCCAGACAUAGCUGCACCAGGAUUCAACAUCUUAGCAGCAGUGAAAGGCACAUACGCAUUUGCCUCAGGGACGUCAAUGGCUACUCCGCAUGUAGCAGGCGUUGUCGCGCUGCUGAAAGCUCUGCAUCCAAGCUGGUCACCUGCUGCACUAAAAUCAGCCAUAGUCACCACAGCAUCUGUAACUGAUGAGCGUGGCAUGCCCAUACUGGCCGAAGGGUUGCCUCGGAAGAUUGCUGACCCAUUUGACUAUGGAGGCGGGCACAUCAACCCUAACAGAGCAGCUGAUCCUGGCCUGAUUUACGACAUUGAUCCAAGCGAUUACAACAAAUUCUUUGGAUGCACUGUAAAGCCAUAUGUAAGGUGCAAUGCGACAUCGUUGCCUGGGUAUUAUCUGAACCUACCGUCCAUCUCAGUUCCCGAUCUUAGGUAUCCGGUCGUCGUAUCAAGAACGGUCACAAAUGUAGCUGAGGUUGAUGCUGUUUACCACGCUGCAAUCGAGAGCCCACCUGGCGUAAAGAUGGAUGUUGAGCCACCUGUUCUGGUGUUCAAUGCUGCAAACAAAGUUCAUACGUUCCAGGUAAAGCUUUCACCUCUAUGGAAGCUGCAGGGGGACUACACGUUUGGGAGCCUUACUUGGCACAACGGCCAGAAGACAGUGAGAAUCCCGAUAGCAGUCAGGAUUACAAUUCAGGAUUUCUACGCAGACAUUGCAUAAAAGCCAGGCAGGAUCAUAAUGUUCUUUCUUUUACCAGGAUCAUAAUGUUCUUAGUAACAAUAGGAUAAACUAUAAUAAAUGCCUUGUUCCACAGAAGUAAUUUCAAUAUCUACUUGAUCAAUCAGCCACAACAGUAUUACCAUGAAUUCUAUGUAGCUUUUAUUGCCAUUCAUCUAUAAGAAUAUCCUACCGGUAUUUAUUUGGAUGGCAACUUCA